UAUUGCAAUCACUUCUGCGUCCACGUCCUGAUUUUGCUGAUAUUUAGUACCUGUGCUGGUAUCUCUGAAGCCACAAGUAGGAAUGGGUUGAAACUCCACACUUGUUUACUGUGUAAUGUGACAUGCAAUGCACAGAUAUAAGUUUGUGACAAAAUGGAUAAUGACACAGCAAAAGUUUUAUUUCACGAAGGAGCAACGUUUGUGUUACUGGAUAUGCCGGAGGGCUCAGAGUUUGGUAUAGAUUACAACUCGUGGACCACAGGACCAAAAUUUAAAGGAGUGAAGAUGAUACCCCCUGGAAUACAUUUCGUUUACUACAGUGCCAAAAGUUGCUCCCUUGGUGGGAUGAGGACAGGCUUCUUUUAUAACUUCAAACAGAAAGAAGUUCUUGUCAAGAGAUGGGACAAAUACAAUGAAGAUAUAUCAGAAGGUCCAGUAUCACCAGAGGAUCGGGAACGAGUAGCGUCAAACAUGAAGGAACUGGAUCAGUAUCUCGGACCUUACCCUUACGACAGUUACAAGAAGUGGGUAUCACUGACCAAUCAUAUAACAGAUGAUCUGUUGUCACGGUUACAACCGGAAUGUGGAACAAUCACAUCAGUGACACAGUUUGAAUCACCUUUUAGCAACAGUCAGAUGAGACGGGAAGCUGCGGAGAAGAAACUCUCUGAGGAGGGACACUCCGAGGAGGAAAAAACUAAUGCACAGAAAGGUCUACCCAAACUCACUAAAGUUGCUGGCACAGAAAUGCGUUUCACAAAAAUACCCAAACAGAGAUACCCUAAAGAUGCCACACCACAGGAUAUCACAAGACACAGCAUGGACUCUUCAUACAUGCUUGAAACACUUCUCAAAUCUGUCUAUUCAAAAAACAAUAAUGAAAUUCUUGGGGAAAUCCAGUUUGCUUUUGUCUGUUUUCUGAUUGGUCAGGUGUAUGAUGCUUUCGACCAAUGGAAACGACUGGUACAUCUCCUCUGUAGCAGUGAGGCUGCACUGAACUCUCACAGUGAAUUGUUUAUGAAUUUGAUUUCAAUGCUUCAUUUUCAAGUGCAUGAAAUUCCAGAAGACUUCUUUGUUGAUAUUGUGUCUGCGAAUAAUUUUCUUACCUCCACUUUACAAGAGUUCUUUUCAAACUUAGAUGAAGGAAAUGGAGACAGCAAACUUAGACAGAGAGGGCGAAAAUUCCGUGAACAUUUAACGAAAAAGUUCAAGUGGGAUUUUAUGACAGAACCUGAUGAUUUUGCACCAGUUAUUGUUGAUACUUAACUACUUUAAAAGACUGUUUUCAGUUCAUUUUUAAUUCAAGUGACAAGGCUGUUUCACACUUUACAAGGACAAAAAGAUCACACCUGUGAAUUAUUAAAAGAAAAUGUGCCAAUACAUUUGCAGUUUGCAUAAAGGACACCCAUUAUCAAAAGUCCGACAAAUGCGAAGGAUAAUUAUUGAGCUAUUAAUUUGUUGACUGAUGGAAGAUUUUGUGGUUUUCUUACCCUUGAACACUUAAUGAUAACUGACAUUGCAAAAACAAUAUAGAAAAAAAGUCUGAUAAGUGAUUUUUUUACAGACAUUCAAAUUUGAAUAUUGCAUUCGAAUAUUCGUCAGAAAUUUGAUUAUUCAAAUGUUGAAAUAUUCUAUCCCAUCAUUACUGUGUAGGAAUAUAGUAAAUAAGUGUUUAGAAUGUCAGUCAUGCAUUGUUGUUAAGGUAUUUUUAUAUUUUAAAGACUUUCUUACUGUAAUGACUAUUUUUGUGUGAAAUGAAAGAUAAUAAAUCAAUAGUAAUAUC